UUCUCAGUUUAAAGAAACGCAAAACCAAACAAAAAACCGCCCUACAUCCAUUCCCCAGAAAGUGAUGACGCUCGCAGCGAGACAGCUAGGAAAGCCGUGGAACCCAAAUCAAUCAAAGCAAAAAAGGCUGCUGCUUUACCUCGCUCAAUCGAGCAAAAUCGCCCGCCCGUUUUCGCUAAUUUUGCUGACGGCAAACGAUCGAUCCCGAGCGCCCGGGUUUAAAAUACGGCUGCAAUUGGUGACUGGCGGCUAGUUGAGUUUGUGGUUCGGUAUCGAUCUGCCGCACGUUCGUCGCAGCAGAAUGAAGUUCGCCAAAGUGCUCGGUGUAGUGUGUGUGGUGGCGUUGGCUCUGGCCAAUGCGGCACCGGUGGAAGUGCAAGAGAAAGAGUUGCGACCGGCGGAAGCUGUGGAUGGGGCGGCGGCUCAGACCGAUGAGGUGGUGGCCGUCGCGGCGGAGGUGACCCAGGACGCGGCCGUCGAGGAAGCGGUGGACCAGGGCAACCAAGUGAGCAGCUUAGCGCCGGAGGAUGCGGCCGACGGUGAGGCGGACGAAGGUAGUGAGAUGAGUGCUAGUUCCCGCGCCAAGCGCUCAGUUGCAUGUACCGAACUCUUAGGCGAUGAUGGCGUGACGCGGACGGUUUGCGACCAGGACCAGGAUGCGGCGAGCAGUGACAGUGAGGUGGCGUUCGAGCGAUCGUACGGUGGGCACGGGGGCCAUCACGGUGGUCACGAGUACGGGCAUCACGAGGCGAAGGGGCACGGACACGGCCACGGAGGGCACAUGGAGCACGGCGGGUAUGGCGGCUAUGGAGGAGACCACAAGGGUUACGGAGGCCACGAGCAUAAGGGAUACGGACAUGGCGGAGGCCACAAGGAGCACAAGGGUUAUGGAGGCCACGAGCACAAGGGAUACGGACAUGGAGGUGGCCACAUGGAGCACAAGGGUUACGGAGGCCAUGAGCAUAAGGGAUACGGACAUGGUGGACACAUGGAACACAAGGGCUACGGAGGCCAUGAGCAUAAGGGAUACGGACAUGGUGGAGGUCACGAGCACAAGGGUUACGGAGGCCAUGAGCAUAAGGGAUACGGACAUGGUGGACACAUGGAGCACAAGGGUUAUGGAGGCCACGAGCAUAAGGGAUACGGACACGAGCAUAAGGGCUAUGGAGGCCACGAACAUAAGGGAUACGGUGGACACGAGCACAAGGGUUACGGAGGCCAUGAGCAUAAGGGAUACGGACACGGAGGGCACAUGGAACACAAGGGUUACGGAGGUCAUGAGCAUAAGGGAUACGGUGGACACGAGCAUAAGGGAUACGGCGGCCAUGAACACAAGGGUUACGGACAUGGAGGUGGCCACGAGCACAAGGGAUACGGACAUGGAGGUGGCCACGAGCACAAGGCUUACGGACAUGGCGGUCAUAUGGAGCACAAGGGAUACGGUGGCCACGAGCACAAGGCCUACGGUCAUGAAGCGCACGGACAUGGUGGACACGGUGGACACGGCGGAUACGGCGGACACGGCGGACACGGCGGACACGGCGGACAUGGUUACGGACACGAGGCCCACGGUGCCCACGGUGGGUACGAGCACAAGAAGAUGCACUACCGGUCCGCCAGCUACACGGCUCCCGCCGCUCAUCACGAACCGGCCCACGGUGGGUACGGUGGUCAUGCAGCCCCAGUGAAGUGCGGAGCCAACCUGCUGGUCGGCUGUGCCCCGACCGUCGCGAAGGUUCCCUGCCAGCCAGUGCACGACCAUGGCUACGGUGGACACCAUGCUGCGUCGGAGCUGUCGUUCCGCUUUGCCGCGCCGGAGCCCGAGCCGAAGGAGGAGCAGAAGGAAGAAUAAGUGAUAGUUGCUUCCAAUAAACUUACCGCAAUGAUAAAUUUUAAUUUUGAUCGUCUCUUUCGUGUGUUUGGGUGGAGAAAAAAAUGAGAAAUUUUGAGGGAAAUGAACGACCUUUGUUUGCUUGCGCUCUGGAUGAUUGAGCUCGUUUUCUGUUCACCAAAAACAUCGUCCAAAAUAAAAAUGUUGCGAAUUGCACAAUUAACUCUAUUAAAUCAAAUAGGAUUUUCUACUUCUAGCAAAAACAAAAAAUCAUGUUGAUAAUAAAAUCCCAACAUUUUAACACACACACACACACACUCUCGCGUUUACACACACAUGGCUCUGGCUCUUUGGUUGGCAAUCAUGUGGCGCAUAAUAUAUUAUCAAACUUUUCGGAUCACGGUUGACAAGUCAUUAAUCAUACACAACACCGGGCAUUAAUCAAGUGAGAACAGUGCAAAAUCCCGAAUCCGCUCGCUGGUACGGUGCUGCGCCAGAGCUCACCAA